AUGCCAAAAACAAAUCAAGAAUUGAACGAAAGCAUCGAAGAUAGUUUAGAUGAUCAGGGAAUUCAAGUUGAAGAUUGUUUUUAUAUCCCAUCCAAAAAAAAAUCCAAGGUUUCAAAAAAACCUGUCUUAUCAACUCAUGACUUAUCAACAGAUUAUCUGGAAGAAUCAGAUGCCUCAGAUUCUCCAAAACAGACCAAAGCACAACUCGUUUUAGCUAAAUCGACUCAUGACUUAUCAACAGAUUACCUGGAUGAAUCAGAAGCUCCAGACUCACAAAAGCAGUCUAACCCACAAAUAGCCUCAGCUGAUAUGCCUACACCAUCGGUAUCGACGCAGCAACAUCAACAGGAAGAGCCACCUUCUGUAGAAGCUCCUCGCACAUGCCUUCAUCAAAUCAUUGAGUUUCUUAAUUCCAUUCUGGUUGAAUUUGAAAUUACUGAUAACAAACUUAAUAUUGUUCAUGAAGAUUUUUCAAUAAUGCAAGAAUGCUUGGAAUAUAUUAACCGAUUUAUUUCCAUCAAAAAGGUAACAACUGAUACUAAUUCCAGUGGCAAUAAAACAACCUACUACCUUAGAUAUCAAUGCAAUGAUAAUGAUCCAUGUUUAAUAAAGAUUCUGAAAAUAUUCAUCAACCAAGAAUACACAUUCUGUAUCAAUUUAUAUAUCAAUGAAUUGCACGACCACUACUUAGGAAUCGCCGCAAAUGACACAAAAAAUAGAAAGUUACACGAAAAACUAAUUCUAGUCAGAACUAUAACUUAUGAUCAAAUAGAAUGUUUGCACAAGGGUAAAACUGAUACAGAUUCCUAUCUGAAGAAGUUGCAGCGCCAAAGGGAAAGAAAUAGAGCUAAAACUAGAGCCAACAAAACAACUUCACAGUUGAAAUUAGAGCUUUUGGAUUCUUUAAAAUACUUGGUUCACAGACUUGAAAACGAGGAUGGUGAUAAGUACAAAAGUUUGAUAGACUCAACGUAUGUGUAUAUAAAAGCUCUCGAAAGUAGCUGUGGCUUUGAUACCGAAACUGUAUAG